GCCUGGGAGGCACCCGGGGAACGCCAGGGCGGUUUGAGAUGGAGGAAGCAGGUUUCCCCGUUGGGGACCUUGACCUCCCGCGCUGCAGGUCGAGGGGCGGGACCUUCCUGCACGGAGAAGGCCGCUGUCCGGGACCCCCGGCGGUGGGAUGUGGCUGGGCCAGGGUGGGGCUUCGCUGUUGCUGCUUCCGCCUCUGCCCUGCGAACCGGGUCCUGGGAGGUGGCCCCGGUGGACGCCGAGCCCCGGGUGCGCGGCGGGAGGGGAGGCGAGAGCCGCCGGGCUCGGGGAGAGCUAAACCGCCCGGAGACACCCCUCCCGCCCUAGCGCCCGGGCUGCGCGCGCCGCUCACGCCCUGCUCUCCCGCAGGUGACACCGGCUCCGACACGCCGCUGACCGGACGCUCGUCCCCACGCCACGGGCCGCCAGCCGCGGCCGCCGCCGCCCCGGAGAAGCCCCUGAUCCCCGCGCGGUUACAGCGGCCGCGCGCCCCGAGCCCCGUCCCGCCCGCGCCUGCGCAGAACCCCGAGAGCUCCGCGGCCGCGCCCGCAGAGCCGCCCGAGCGCGAGCCGGGGGCGGGGCCUGCACCGGGGGCUGGGCCGGGGCCGGAGCGCCGGGGACUGCCGAGUGCGCACGCGCGUUCGGCGGCGGCGCGCCGCGUGCACAGCCGGCGCUCGUUCCAGCGGCCCCGCGCGCGCCGCCGCCCCGCCCUGCUGAAGCUGGCGUCGCUGCCGCCCUCGUGCCACGCACCGCCGCACGCGCUGGAGCAGGAGGAGACGCCGCUGUGAAGCCGCCGGCGGGAAGGGCCCGCGCGCCGUGGCUGGCCGCUCGCGCCCUUUCCCACCGCUGCCGGGAAACCGAGGCUCGCCCAAAACGGAUUUGCGUGAAACCAGCCCAAGGCUCCGGGCCCCCACCCCCGAGCCACGCACCUCUCCCCGGGGACCGACUCAGGGACCUCCCGAGCGCCAGGACUCAGGGCCAGACCUGCAGCGGCUGCAGGCCCGGCCCCGCAAGCGGCCCUGGCCGAGCGCCGUUUCCAGGCCCUCGCCAGGUCUUUGAGCUGCAGGUAAAGUGGCGGGAACGUCUUCCGUCUACACAGCGCUUGGGGAUUUAGACUCCUAGAGCCAGCACCUGCCUCGUUCCCCCUCCAGGUUCCGUCCUGCCCGCGCCAGGUCUCAGGGUGGCGGCCGCGGGCACUGCCCGUCCCCCACAGACGAGGUCUCUGGCCUGAGCUGUCGCACCUGGCCCAGAGGUCGCCCCGGGGGCCCUGGCUGGGUGAAAGGUGGCCUGGUGGGCGGCGCUUUCCAAGAAUCACGGCCAUUCCUUAAGUGGACUGUGGGGCCCAGCAGCUCCUCUGGCCCCCUUAACAAAGCAGGGCGAACCAAGGGGGCAUGGAGGGGCCCAGGGCACCGUCCCCCUCACCAGGCUCAGGCCCUCCAAGGAGGACCUGCUGAGACCCCUGGGCCUGUCCUGGACCCCGGACCCUUCCCACCCCUUCCAGCAUCCCAGGCCGAGGGCUUGGACAGAGCUUCUGGUCCUCUGCAGGGAGAUCAUCCAGCGUGAGAUCUGGGAGGCGCAGUCCAUUGAGUGGGCGGAGGCCGCGGGUGCUGAGCCGGGGAGGGGCUCUGAGUCCAUCCAUCCCUCAGAGGGCAAGUCCCACAGUGUCCACCCCACCUAAAACCUGCCUGCGCGGUGGAGGUGGGACACUCCUAAGGGCUUUUCUAAAGCCAGACUCGCAGCUCCUUGCUCAGGAAAAUUAGACUAUUCACGUCUUAGAUCCAGUGUUGACAGUCACCAGUAAGGAGGAGUUCUUAAGAGUUUUAUGUUGACUGAAUAUUGCACAUUGAGUCCCUGGUGGGAAAAGUCCACAGUUUCCCAUUGAUAGCUUCUUACUGUGUGAAAAAGGGAAGCCUCAGCCACACAAAAGCCUCCAUGACGCCUGCUUCGGAGAAGCUCUCGACCCUAACUGCAGUCACUGGUAUUUGGAUCAGAUCAAGUGCAGUGACUUUUGGGAUUCAGUGGUCACUGUCCACACUUCGCAGCCAUUUCAACCAACUCUGAGCACAAAAUGCAGCCAUCCUCUAUGCAGCAAAGCCUGCCCGGUCAGUGACCCUGCUGGACAGAUCCAAGGCCAGCCCUGGUUCCCUGCUGCAGCCACCAUCCUGACGUUCACCGGAGCAGGCCGGGGCCUGGCCUUCCGGGCAUGAGUGUGUGUUCCCACAGGCCCCCAGUUUGUCCCAUCUGCACUGCUAGGAGGUCUCCGGGUGACCAGAGGAGCAAAGCUGCCUUCCAAGUGCCUGUCUGUGCCUGGGAGAACAAGCCAGAAGCGUCGCGUGGCCCACAGCGCAGUGCAUGAUUCCAGGUGCUGAACAACUCCCCUGGACCCUUGGGCCUGUAUCUGAAUUCCGGCUGCAGAGUCAGAAGCUGAGUCCAGGCAACAGCUUGGCCACUCCCAGUCGCUCCCCCCUGGACACCCAGUUACCAAAGUCAGCAGAGAAGAUGCGGUAAUCACCACCUGAUCUCCACAUGGUGAACACAACAGUCUCACCAACCCCUCCUUGACCGGUCAGUCUUCACACCCGGGGUGGGCAGGCAGGCGUUCUGUGUUUGCGAGAACCGCACACAGGCUAAGCACAAACAUGGAACCAGAGUUCCAAUGAGAAAACCUCACUCGCAGAAGCCCAGGCUGCACCCCACCGGGUGAUGCAGCGCGCCUGGGCCGUGGGUGCCAGGAGCCGAGUGCUAGGGACUCGUCAUGAGUGGGAAUCCCCACGUUCCUGUCACUGCUGUCAAACAGAAGGUAAACAGUCUUAUGAAUGUAUUUCCUUAGGAAAACUUGUAAAAAACUUUUAUUAGGAUAUCUAUUUAUUUAAUACUGAACUUUGGCCUACUUUGUAAUAGACUAUAAACAAAUUGAGGAAAUCACUAUUUCUCACUUCUGUAUUUUCUCAAAAAUAAUUUUGUUACAGAGUUAAUAUACUGUGUACUAUUGAUCUAUUGUGAAAGCAAAGAAUUUCAUCAAAACAAAAUAUUUUAAAUGAGUGAAAAUUGUGUAUGUUAAUUUUGCAGCUGUAAUAUUAAUCAAACUGUGUAAUUCUAAUCACAAAAUGACGUGCCUUAAAUGCCCCUCAGCUGUGGGUUGGCAGUGUCCAGACAGGGAGGGCCCAUCACUGAAAUCCUGAACGAUUGCUAGACCAAUUCUAUUAAAAACAUUUCAAGGCA